AUGGCGACGUUGGCUGUGAGGUCGCCGAGGGAGUUCCCCCAGGCUAGGACGGUAAGGCCGAGGACAGAUGGGUUUAUCCCGAGGAUACGGCCCAAGGAAACCAGAAGCGCUACCAGCUCGCCGGCGGCGAGGUACGCCCAGACGAUGCUCAUCAGGAACCCCACUGCCAACCAUGGCAGCUGCAGCAGCCCCUUCGGCGGAAGGGAUCUCUCUGUGGUGGCCACGGCGGCACCGCCGAGGAUGAGACCCAGCAGGCCGCCGGCGAGGAGGAGCUCCGUGCUCCGAGGGGUCCACAGCGCCGCCAGGAACGGCGGGGAUAGAGCGGCGGAGGCCACCGCGAAGGGCUUCGACCACCUCUCCUCCGAAACCACAGGUAUGGUGAGCCUCCUCGGGAGGUGGAGUGGCGCCGCCAGGAGGCUGCGCCACCAACCUCGCCGUCGGGGCGAUUUGGGUUCUUCUCUUGCUCCUCCUUCGAGAUCCUCCUUCUCCUCCUCACCGGCGAGGAGCGACGCCGACAGACCCUCGAGGGGGGAUCUCCUGCAGCAGGCUGUGGUGGAGAUGGCGAGGACGUAGACGAAGUAGAGGGAGAGGAAGAAGAUGGCCCCCCACAGGUUGAUCCUUCCGAUGGCGAGGACGGCGGUGAGGGAGCAGAGGGCGGCGGCGAGGAAGCAGAGGUCACGCAGGAAGCAGAACCUGUCAACGGCCACGGUCACGGCGCCGCCGCCGACGGCGACACUUAUGACGCCGACGACGACGGUGGAGACGAAGAAGGCGCCGCCGAGGACGCUACUCAGGCCGACCUCGUCGGCGGCGCGGCCACCGGCGGCGAAGGAGACGACGCUGGCGAAGAAGUCGGGGGCGCCGUUGCCGAGCGCGAGCAGGGUGGCGCCGGCGACGGCGGGGGGCAACCGUAG